AUGAUGCUCAUCUCCACCAUCACCUACGGCCUCGCCGCCAUCCUCCCACUCGCGCUCGCCGGAGCAGCACCAGAAGUCACCGAUCAGCCAGCGGGUACCCGGUAUAUAGCCACGCUGCCCAUGGACAAGUCUACCACCGGCACCAUCGUGAUCGAAGCGGGACCUGGUGGCAACGGCGCGACUAUUCAAGUCAGCAUCAACGGCUUGCCGUCAGAGGGAAGACCUUUCCUGUAUCACGUCCACGAGAAGGCUGUCGACUCCACGGGUAACUGCUCCACUGCGGGAGGGCAUCUCGAUCCUUACGACAACGGGGGCACAGGCUGCAACACUACCGACCAGGCCAGCUGUGAAGUUGGUAACCUCUCUGGCAAGCAUGGCAAGAUGACAGGUCCAGCCUUCACCGCCAGCUACGUCGACGAAUACGUCUCGAUCACGCCAGGUGAGCAAGCGAGCGUUGUGGAACGAUCCAUCGUUGUCCACUUUGGCAACAAGACGGCCAUCACGUGCGCAAAUAUCACCCUCAAUGGCGCAUCGACCGGCGGUAAUGGUGGGACCUCCGCUCCAGGUUACGGUUCUUCGUCUUCUGGUGGUCAGGGCUCUGGCUCCGGAUCGGGUUCUUCAGGUAAUGGCGCAGGUAAUGGUGGUGCUGGGUCUCCCGGAUCUGGGUCUAAUGCUGGCUCUGGCGGUUCACCUCCUGGCAGUAAUGGUGGGGCAACUGGUUCUGGAGGCGCUCUUGGCUCUAGCAACGCGGGAUCCAACGAUGGUGGCACAGGUUCGAAUCCUCCAGGCUCUGGCAAUGGCGGCUCUGGAGGACAAGGCGGUCCUGGCGCCACGACCACGCAGACUGUCGUACAAACUGUGUUGUCCACAAUGCCAGCGGGCAAUGUCAAGACCGAUAUUACGACUGUGACAGUGACUUCUUUGGUCGCCGGAGCACCUCCGACCUCGACAGCUGGGGGCUGGAAUGUCCACAGUAGCCCCAACCCGUUUCCGUGGCUCGUCAACACUAUCACUGAGAUCGUCACAAUCAAGGGAACCCUUUCUCCAACUACCACGCAUCAAACCGCCACCCAAGUGGUCAGCAAUGCGAGCACCAUCGUCAUCAUUGGUACACAGGCCGCCACUACUCCGACGACCAGCAGCACAUGGACAACGCUCACCUCCACGAAGACGGAUUGGGUGUCGGCCUCUCCUUCCAACGUGACAAAACUAUAUGGCCCAGUUCUCACUGUUACGGCUCCCUGCACGGAAAUCAAUGGAUGCACGACUCAUACCAGCAGCUAUGCUUCCACCAUGACAGUCACUGGUAAUGCAACGAACAGUACUGUCGGCUGUUCAACAGUCACACUCGGCGCAGCCGCGACGACGCUUAAUCCUGAGGUCCUCACUACUGUUGGCUUCUCAACGGUCACGCUCAGCAGACCCACGACACUGAGCCGUUCGGUCCUGACUCUGGUCCCGACUAUCAGUACUGUUGCCUACUCAACCGUCAUAAUCGGCAAAACCACAACGCUGAGCCCCUCGGUCGUCACACUGUCGAACCCGGCGACCAGUACUUUUGGCUAG